AUGCUUGAACGACUUGCUGAAAAUGGCCAGUGCAAUGCUUCUCCGAUGGAAGCUGAGGUAGCGGUGUGUACCCGAGGGGAGUAUCAAUCGCACCAACGGGCGCGUGAGACAGCACUAGCCAGUGGGGCAGCGGUGCAGCCGCUAGUUGGUGUGCGCCCACGCCACCGCCUCCUCCUUCGCCAACUUACAUCCGACGAUUUGACCCGUCUGCAAAAUCGCAACCCCAACAUAGGGUCCUCGUCAAUGUCCCCUUCAAGUCUUCCCCUCGGUCUCCACCUCAUCGUGCCAUUCGACUGGGGUUUGCAGCCCUCAUCUUAUACCGCCAUCGACUACCGUAAUGUCAUAUUCCUCGAUGCCAUUGAAUCCGUAUCCGGAAUCGGUAGUCACUGGAUCCGUCUCGAUCAUUACACGGGGUCACGUGCACAGCGGAUUGCCAGCGACCGUUUAGAAUCAUUCUUUUCUUUCUACUCCUCAUCCACUAGCUGUAACGAGGCUUACCUGUGCUUCGAGAGCACAGAGACACGAAAUGCCUGGAUUACCGCAAUCCGAUCCGCCUUAGAUGCGGAACAGGCGCGUCUAAGGCUUGGUUAUUCAGUUCCUAGCGGCAAUAACGGCAUUACCGGCAGUGCAAAUGGUACCGCCAUACCCAUAGAAAUGUCUGUCGGUCGAAAGUGGAACUUUGAGGGGCGGCCUUUGGAUGGAGACUCAGUACGAAGUUCCCUCCAACGUUUUUCUCAAGAAAACGAAUUAUUUGUCAGUCACCAACGGCAACAAAAUCGUCUCAACCUCCUGUCAGUUUGUCCUGAUGUUCAGAUUCCAUACAACAGUCAACCGUCAAGCGAGUGUGUGCGUCGUCGACAUCAGACAGCUGAUCUGUUGGAGAGUAUGGAAAAUUCUACUCUGGAGGGAUCGCCAAGUCUGCGGAAGCUGUUACCUGAGUGUGCGCGUAACGAGAGUAAGCGCCAUUUCUUGGUCACCUGUCUGUCUCUCAAGACAGGACUUCGUGCUUCCAUUGAAGAUGCUUCUGGGGCCUGGGAAAUUGAUAACCCGGAACCGUUUUUUGUCUCCUUCUUCCUUGCCAGCACAGCUGACAGCGGUACCCGUCUAUCGGAAGAUUUUUGCUGGAAUCCCAAUUCCCCCCUAGUUGAGACCAUGUUCCCUCCGGAGAUCUUCCGUCGUCUACCCUGGCAUACUGCCGACGCCUCUUCUACUUCUACCCAUCAUCAGCCUGUCAAUUACCAACCGGGCGGGAAAACAAUGGCUCCACCUCCACCCAUACCCCUCAAUCCUCACGGUUCCCGCACCCCCAUGCCUUCAAAGUUGGCCAAGUGUCGAUCUGCGCUUCUUUCAAUUGACCCUGCUAUUCGUGCCAACAACCUCUUCCUUGUAUUCCGUGUGGACAAAGUACUUGUGGGUGGGAUUAGUCAGGCCGCCGAAAAGUACAUGAAGGCUGCGGGUGGUCCUAUGGACGCUGGAAACGCUCCCACCUCAAGUGACCUCAAAUCGGGUGCUGCGUUGCACAAAUCCAUGCAGUCUUACUGCAAACUCCUUGGUCGCUAUCGCAUGCCCUUCGCUUGGGGUGCCAGAUGGUUGUUUUCGAAAGAAACACAGGUGCCUCUCUUCAAAAUGGAUUCUUCGAAAAUUUCUGAAUCCUCCCUCCUUCAAUCGGUGCGUCAGUUGGCACGACUUCUGACCCUAUCCAAAGAAACGUCGUCAUCUGAGAUGGCAACGAGGAUGGGGAAAAUGGAAGUGGUCUUGCCAUUAACUCCAGCAAUGCUGGAGACUCUGGAAAAGUCGAUAAAAACAGAGGUGUUACCGAUGCAACUGCAUGCGGCAGUGAAUGAGAUCUCAAACGAGGUUGUCUCUCACCAUUUACUUGGUCUUGUGUCCUCGCAACUGGCGUCAUUACCGUCAAAGCAGGAGGCACCUAGUGGUAGUGGAGUGGAGAAAGCGGGAACUAUCAACCUUCUCCAUGUCAAUGACUUUUCUCCCGAGGAAGUGGUGAAGGAGGUGGAGGUGUUUGUCUCGCGAAAAGUUCGUGCUAUUGCGGGACGAAACACAUAUGGAGCUCUUGAUCAAGUUUCAUUCGACAGUAGCAGCGGCUAUAACAGUGCACGCAGCGGCUUCCUCUUCGGCGAUAACAAACGCGACUCCAUGUCUUCUCUUCGUUCUGAUGCAUCGACCACUUCCGCAUCUUCUGGUGUGUCAAACGGAUGCGCCACUAGUGCCACGGGAGCUGAUCUAGGGUCAAGUAGUCGUUUCCACCGCUUCUCCGCCGUCCUCUCUAAGAAUACGUCUCUUGAGCGCGGCAGUCUCGUCAGUAGUGGUACUCAUGACGGAACUGGUAAUGAAGGGGGAACUGUUUCCGCAGCCGUUGCCGCGGUGGAGGAGGCAGAGGCUUUGUUUAGUCAGCCUCCACUCUCGUUGAUUGAUCCCUAUCGCAGUUUCGUGCAUACUCUCUACGUGUAUCCGCGAUCUCUCAACAUGUCCAUCAAACACUCCUUUGGAAGGGCGCGGAAUCUAUGCUGCUUUAUGGAGAUGCGAGAGAGUGACGCUGCAGACGCGAAACCACUGAAGGUCUUCUACACUCGUCCUUCCCUAAUCCAACCGGCCUUCGAUACAUGGUUCAACACUGCUGUAGUGCAUCACGACUCCUCGCCCACCUUCAUUGAUGAGGCAAAGGUGUGUCUUCCAAUGGUGCUGACUCGGCGGCAUCACCUACUCUUCCGUUUCUAUCAUGUGCGCUGUGAUCUAACUGCUAACUCGGCUGAGAAGAAUGCCGCUGCGAAAAAGGCUCUCGAAUCGCCUACAGGCUUUGCCUGGGUUCCCAUCCUCAACGAAGAUGGCAGGUGA